UUUGUGGACAGGCCUGAUUAGACUAAAAGUUCCACUGGCUUAAUUGGGCCAGUCUGUAUCUUAAAGAGAGAUAUAAUUAUACAUAUAGAUAUGCAAUCUAGCAUUACAUAAUACUAUAUUACAUAAGAAGAAAAAUACCCAGGCUGUCUUGGCAUGAAUUAACUGAAAUUCAGGAGAGUUUCUUCCAACACCUUCAUUCCCAUUUUCCAGAGGGGGAGACUGAUGCCCACAAAAGUGAGGUGAUUUGCCCUUUCCUAGAUAGAAAAUGAAAUUUACCGGGCAGGCUCAAGGGUAGAAUGGGUGAGGAUGAUAAAAAUAGAGAGGCAGUCGGAGGAAUUUAGGAAAAGGGCAGCUCAUGAGCCGAUUAGGGAGGGAGUGUUUAGCUAGGGUAGCAAUCCAGCAAGUCUGGUGUCUAAACUCACAGUCCAGUAUUUUGUCACUCUCCUACUUGUUGGUAGGCUGUCCCCUACUUAACCCUGGAGGUGACAGAACAUAAAGUGCACAGGAGUAUAUUAAUGACAAAAUAGAUGAACUUGGACCAGUGUUGCUCUGCAGGUGUCCUGGCACCAUCCCCAAGAUGCUCUUGGAUUUAAGAACUGAGGCCCCUUCUCUGGGCCUCCUCCUCCCUUUUGCCUCCAGACCUACAUGCUACUAGAAUCUGAAUCUGAACUUCCGAAAGAAGUUCUUCUGACCACUUGACUUGAGACAAGAACUGUCAAAGGGGGUUCCUGGUCCUCAGCUCAGAAGAGAGAAGGAAGCUGGUGGUUAGAAGAAUGGUUGUCUGAUGGGAUGGAUCAGAGGGAGCAGGAGUAAUAGUUGCCCUGGAGACUGUGGUGGUAGCUGUGUGGAAACCCCUUGUACAUCCUGUAAAAAUCUGGUUCCAAUUAAUGGAUUCUGACAUGGAUUAUGAAAGGCCAAACGUAGAGACCAUCAAGUGCGUGGUGGUGGGGGACAACGCGGUGGGCAAGACCAGGCUCAUCUGUGCCCGGGCCUGCAAUGCUACCCUUACUCAGUACCAGCUGCUUGCCACUCACGUGCCUACAGUGUGGGCCAUCGACCAGUAUCGUGUGUGCCAGGAGGUGCUAGAACGCUCCCGAGAUGUGGUAGAUGAUGUCAGUGUCUCCCUGCGCCUCUGGGACACCUUUGGAGACCAUCACAAAGACCGCCGCUUUGCUUAUGGGAGAUCGGAUGUGGUGGUUCUGUGCUUCUCUAUUGCCAAUCCAAAUUCCCUUCAUCAUGUCAAGACCAUGUGGUACCCAGAAAUCAAGCAUUUCUGCCCCCGGGCACCUGUUAUCCUGGUGGGCUGCCAGCUGGACCUGCGCUAUGCUGACCUGGAGGCUGUCAACAGGGCCAGGAGGCCCUUGGCUAGGCCCAUCAAGCCCAAUGAGAUCCUUCCCCCAGAGAAGGGUCGGGAGGUGGCCAAAGAGUUGGGCAUCCCCUACUAUGAGACCAGCGUGGUGGCCCAGUUUGGUAUCAAGGACGUCUUUGACAAUGCCAUUAGGGCUGCACUUAUCUCCCGCCGCCACCUGCAGUUCUGGAAGUCCCAUCUCCGCAAUGUGCAGCGGCCUCUGCUGCAGGCACCCUUCCUGCCUCCCAAGCCACCGCCCCCCAUCAUUGUGGUGCCCGACCCCCCCUCCAGCAGUGAGGAGUGCCCUGCCCACCUCCUGGAGGACCCACUCUGUGCGGAUGUCAUCCUGGUGCUGCAGGAGCGGGUGCGCAUCUUUGCCCACAAGAUCUACCUCUCCACCUCCUCCUCCAAGUUCUACGACCUGUUCCUUAUGGACCUGAGUGAGGGAGAUCUGGGGGGCCCCUCGGGGCCAGGAGGCCCCCGCCCUGAGGACCACCGGGGCCACCCUGAUCAAUAUCACCACCAUCACCACCACCACGGGCGGGACUUCCUGCUGCGGGCAGCCAGCUUUGAUGUUUGUGAGAGUGUGGAUGAGGCAGGGGGCUCUGGUCCUGCUGGCCUCCGGGCCUCAACCAGUGAUGGGAUCUUACGGGGCAAUGAAACAGGGUACCUGCCAGGCAGGGGUCGUGUGCUGUCUUCCUGGAGCCGAGCUUUUGUGAGCAUCCAGGAAGAGAUGGCAGAGGAUCCUCUGACCUUUAAGUCCCGGCUAAUGGUGGUAGUGAAGAUGGACAACUCCAUCCAGCCAGGACCCUUCCGGGCUGUUCUCAAGUACCUGUACACCGGGGAGCUGGGCGAGAACGAGCGGGACCUCAUGCACGUUGCGCACAUUGCUGAGCUGCUGGAGGUCUUUGAUCUGCGCAUGAUGGUGGCCAACAUUCUCAACAAUGAGGCCUUCAUGAACCAGGAGAUCACCAAGGCCUUCCAUGUCCGCCGGACCAACCGGGUCAAGGAAUGCUUGGCAAAAGGCACCUUCUCAGAUGUGACCUUCAUUCUAGAUGAUGGCACCAUCAGUGCCCACAAGCCUCUGUUGAUUUCCAGCUGUGAUUGGAUGGCUGCCAUGUUUGGAGGACCAUUUGUGGAGAGUUCCACCAGGGAGGUUGUAUUUCCAUACACGAGCAAGAGCUGCAUGAGGGCCGUGCUGGAGUACCUCUACACGGGCGUGUUCACCUCCAGCCCUGACCUGGAUGACAUGAAGCUCAUCACCCUGGCCAACCGCCUCUGCCUGCCACAUUUGGUCGCCCUCACAGAGCAGUACACAGUGACCGGGCUGAUGGAAGCAACCCAGAUGAUGGUGGACAUUGAUGGGGACGUCCUUGUGUUCCUGGAACUGGCACAGUUCCACUGUGCGUACCAGCUGGCCGACUGGUGUCUCCACCACAUCUGUACCAACUACAACAAUGUGUGCCGCAAGUUCCCCCGAGACAUGAAGGCCAUGUCCCCAGAAAACCAGGAGUACUUUGAGAAGCACCGGUGGCCACCUGUUUGGUACCUAAAGGAGGAGGACCACUAUCAGCGAGCACGGAAGGAGCGUGAGAAGGAGGACUACCUGCACCUCAGGCGGCAGCCCAAGCGGAGAUGGCUGUUCUGGAACAGUCCCUCCUCGCCAUCCUCUUCUGCGGCCAGCUCGGCAUCCCCAUCUUCCUCCUCGGCUGUGGUCUGAGAUGCUGCCACCCUCUUUUGACCCUGCUGCUCUUGUCCCCAUUUGCCCCUGUCCCUCUGCUCUUCUGCAUCAUCCCUUCCACACGACAGGGACAAGGGGACCCACCUAACAAGGACCCUAAGGGCAGAGCUGUUCUCACCAGCCAAUGUGGCUCAGACAAAGAGAAGCUUGGCCCUUUGGAUGAGAACAGGGUCUGCCUACAGGGGCCUCCAGUUCCAGGCAGGCAAAAGAUACCUGCUGGGAGGCAUGGAGCUGGAAACCACUAAGAGCUCUGGAAUUUUCUGUUUUGUUUAGAAUCCUAUAGAGUCAAUGGAGGAAGUCUUUGUCUAUA